AUGGCACGUGAGUGUAUGGAGAAGAUCAACCAUUACUGUCAAAAGAAUAAACUUACUUUGGUUUAUGCCAACGUCAGCAUGACUGGCCCAUCUCAUGAUCCUGAGUUCACGAUUGUCAUUAAAAUUAAUGAUGUAGAAUAUGGUACAGGCACUGGUAAAAAUAAGAAGGAAGCAAAAGCAGUAGCAGCAAAAAACACCUGGGAAAUGAUUGAGAAACAGCUAGAGAGUCCUUCAACACCAGUGACCUUAUUACCAGACAUCGACUAUGUCAGCCUACUAAAUACGUUUUCACAAAGAACGUUGCAAAAAGUGGAUUAUCAUAUAAGGGAAUGUACUGGAAUGUUUUCUUGUAGCUGUUUAAUUAGUGGUUUUCUGUAUGGAAAUGGUACCGGAACUUCUUCAGCUGCUGCAAAACAAGAUGCUGCAAAAGAAGCAUUUGAGAAGAUAAAAAGAGAAAAAUCUAACAGCAAUACUGCAUUUACCCAACAUAGGAAUUUCUCUCCAGUGCCAAGUCAGUCUGACUUAGAUACCAGUGGUAUUUGCCUUGGAGACUCAGCUGCAAAGUUGGAAGAAAAAAUGAGAGACAUGGCAGUAUGUGAAAAGCCUUCCCCUUCUCAGCAAGGCAUACAAAACUCUGCCCUGAAAUCCAAAAGAAAAUUGGCAGCUAUUUUUGAUAACGCAAGAGACAAGGAAGAGAAAAAGAUGUCAGAUAAAAAUUUGCCAAAUUUGGACACGAAUACCAGUGAGGAGAAUGAAAGUCCAUGCACUGUGAAUACAAGAUUUCUUCAGAGCUUCAAAAAUAUAAAGCCCAUUGGUGAAGGUGGUUAUGGGAAUGUUUUCAGAGCAACAGGAAAGCUUGAUGAGAGAACCUAUGCAGUCAAGCGAGUUCGAUUCACAAAGAAUGUAGAGCGUGAAGUAAAAGGACUUGCAAGUCUUGAUCAUGAAAACAUAGUGCGGUAUUAUUGUAGCUGGGAAGGAUACGACCGUGUAACUUACCCAGACUCAAGGGAGAAGUCAGACAAAGAAAUUCGCUGUCUCUUCAUCCAAAUGGAAUUAUGUGAACAAGGGCCAUUGGAAAACUGGGUAGAAAGGAAUAGACGAGACCGAAAAUAUCAUGAGAUGGCACAAACCACAUUUUUACAAAUACUAGAAGGAGUGAAAUAUAUUCAUUCUGAAGGGUUUAUUCAUCGGGACCUCAAGCCUCAGAACAUAUUCCUAUCACGUGACGAUAAAAUAAAAAUAGGUGACUUUGGUCUUGUGACUUCUGUGGAUUAUGAGACUCAGACUCAGAACAGAGGAACAAAAUCAUAUAUGGCACCAGAACAGGCUGGGGACAGUUACGGAAAUAAAGUAGAUAUUUAUGCACUGGGAUUAGUUUGGUUUGAAAUUCUUUCGGCAGUCAGCUGUCAUGAGAAAAUGAAGCUAUGGCCUGAUGUUAGAGAAGGUAAACUUCCAGAGAGUUUCAGCAGCCAAUUUCCAGGAGAGGCACCCAUAAUCAAAAAGAUGCUUUCAAGAGAUGCUUCAGGAAGAUACUCUGCAUCUGAAAUCCUUCAGUUUUUUAAGUCUGUUCGUAAAGACUACUCACAUGAAACUCAUACUCGGUAA